CGCAUUUCACUGGAGAGGCGGCAGGCUUUCUUAUUAUUUGGGAGCCGAGAAAAUCGAUUUGCAGAAAUGGAUUCGGUCGCGAAGAUUCGAGAUCAAGAAUCUCCUUGUUUAUUCGGAACUUUUAUCGAUCCGAUCCAAAAUUUUUCUGGUUCCGAUGAUUUCGAUGGCGAAAUUAGGCUUCUGUUCUUGUUUAUUCGGAACUUUGUCGAUCCGAUCCAAAAGUUUUCUAGUUCCGAUGAUUUCGAAGGCGAAACUAAGCUUCUGUUCUUGUUUAUUUGGAAAUUUGUCGAUCCGAUCCAAAAAUUUUCUGGUUCCGAUGAUUUCGAAGGCAUGAGCCGCAGCAAUACGAUUGCGCUCCGUGUAGACGAGAUUUCUACAUGGGUUGUUGCUGCGAUGAAGAAUGUGCCAAAAUGCUAAUCUGAAGCUUAUUUUUCUUUACUCAA